AUGAGCGCGGCGUUGCUCCGGAGUCGUCCGGGCGGCCCCGCGCCGCAUUCGAUUGGCACAAUGGUGCCUAGAAUUCCUGUGUCCAGGACGCAUCUAGCAAUCAGGCAGGCCAUUUCGCGUUCGUUGCACACCUCUCGCCGCCGACCCGUACCUCAAUGGCGCGCCGCUGCCGGCCCGACCCCCAGGACUCCGGCUCGGCUACCGAUUCGAUUCAAGUCUAGCACUACCGCCGAGAAACCCAAACGUACCGGUCCUCUAGGCGUCAUCUACAAGUGCUUCUUCUACUCCGGCUUCUUUAUCGUCACCAGCGGCGUUGUGGUCAUCGCCUUCUUCAUCUACGACGCAAGCACAUAUCGCGAGUCUCCCAGCGCAGAGGAUAUACCUGUCUCGGAGCUGGCGCUGAACCCCCGAUACGGCGGACCGAAGAAUCUGUGUAUUGCCGAUAUGCUCGUUGGCGACCUUGACUCGGAACAUAUGCUCGAGCAGAAGGAUAAGCCGCGUCUUGUCAUCCUGGGCACGGGAUGGGGCAGUAUUGCACUUCUCAAGAAUUUGAAUCCCGGUGAUUAUCACGUUACCGUUGUGUCGCCGACGAACUAUUUCCUUUUCACGCCCAUGCUCCCCUCUGCGACGGUGGGCACGCUAGGUCUGCGGUCGUUGGUGGAACCGGUUCGGCGGAUUAUCGAUCGUGUGCAUGGCCACUUCUUGAAGGCGGAGGCGACAGAUGUGGAUUUCUCGCACAAACUGGUCGAGGUCUCGCAGGUUGAUGAUGAGGGGAAGAAGAGGAAUUUCUAUCUUCCCUAUGACAAGCUUGUUAUUGGUGUUGGCUGCGUGACGAACCCGCACGGUGUCAAGGGUCUGGAGCACUGCAGCUUCCUGAAGACUAUCGACGAUGCACGCCGAAUUAAGAAUAAGGUGCUGGAGAAUAUGGAGCUGGCUUGUCUGCCCACCACUAGCGACGAGGAGCGGAAGCGACUCCUGUCUUUUGUGGUUUGCGGUGGUGGUCCGACUGGUGUGGAGUUUGCGGCUGAGCUGUUCGAUCUGCUUAAUGAGGAUCUGCUCCAUUCUUUCCCCCGGAUUGUGAGAAAUGAGAUCUCCGUGCAUAUUAUCCAGAGCCGUGGUCAUAUCUUGAAUACCUAUGACGAGGCCCUGUCUCAGUAUGCGGAGAAUCGUUUCAGUCGCGAUGGUGUGGAAGUCUUGACGAAUUCCCGCGUCAAGGAGGUGAAGAGAGAUCGCGUUCUUUUCAGCCAAGAAGAGAAUGGUGAAACGGUGGUCAAGGAGAUUCCCACUGCGUUUUGUCUUUGGUCCACCGGAGUGUCCCGAGCCCCAAUCUGCAAAACACUCUCUGAUAAACUGGAGGGCCAGAAUAACAAGCAUGCUCUAGAAACCGACUCGCACCUCCGCGUCGUCGGCGCCCCUCUAGGCGACGUCUACGCGAUUGGCGACUGCUCCACCGUCCAGAACAACAUCGCACAGAACGUCAUCAAAUUCCUGCGCACCAUCGCUUGGGAAAAAGGCAAGGACCCAGAGAAAGUACACCUCACUUUCUCCGAAUGGCGCGAUGUCGCCAACCGCAUAAAGAAGCGCUUCCCACAAGCCUCCGACCACCUCCGGCGCGUCGACCGCCUCUUCGAGCAAUACGACAUUGACCAAUCCGGCACGCUAGACUACAACGAGCUCUCUGAGCUCCUCCACCAAAUCGACACAAAGCUCACCUCCCUCCCCGCCACGGCCCAACGCGCAAACCAGCAGGGGGUGUACCUAGGCCGCAAACUGACCAAGAUUGCCGCCGCGCUGCCCGGCCUGCAGGCUAACCAGAUCGAUUACGGUGAUCUUGACGAGGCUGUCUUUAAGGCUUUCAAGUAUACGCACCUCGGCAGUCUGGCGUAUAUCAGCAACGCGGCUAUCUUUGAUUUCGGUGGGCUGAACUUCAGCGGUGGCGUGCUGGCUAUGUAUCUCUGGCGCGGUAUCUACUUCGCGGAGAGCGUCAGCUUCCGGACCCGGUGUAUGCUGGCCAUGGACUGGGCUAAGAGAGCGCUUUUUGGAAGAGAUCUCAUGAGCUUUUAG